ACGUCAGACGCAAAGCGGAAGUGCAGUGCGGAGCGGAGUGGCCGUCAUUGUGUGCUGCUGGUAGUUUGUGUGCUGUUUAUCGUCCCUGCGACAGAAAAUGCCGGAGUUAGCGGUGGAAAACGUGGUGGUUCAUCCGCUGGUGCUGCUCAGCGUGGUCGACCACUUCAACAGGAUAGGGAAGGUUGGCAACCAGAAACGAGUGGUUGGCGUCCUCCUGGGAUCCUGGCACAAAAAAGUUCUUGACGUCUCAAAUAGUUUUGCAGUGCCUUUCGAUGAGGAUGACAGGGACGACUCAGUGUGGUUCCUGGACCAUGACUACCUGGAGAACAUGUAUGGCAUGUUCAAGAAAGUUAACGCCAGAGAAAGAAUAGUUGGGUGGUACCACACAGGACCCAAAUUACAUAAGAAUGACAUUGCCAUCAAUGAACUCAUCAAGCAGUACUGUACCAAUUCGGUGUUAGUCAUUAUAGAUGUGAAGCCCAAAGAUCUUGGUCUACCCACAGAAGCUUACAUCUCCGUGGAGGAAAUACACGACGAUGGCACACCAACAUCCAAGACAUUUGAACAUGUGACCAGUGAGAUUGGAGCUGAGGAAGCAGAGGAAGUAGGAGUGGAGCACCUGCUCAGAGAUAUCAAAGAUACCACAGUGGGCACUUUGUCUCAACGCAUUACGAACCAGGUUCAUGGCCUAAAGGGACUCAACUCAAAGCUGCUGGACAUCCGCUCUUACCUGGAAAAAGUGACUGCAGGGAAACUUCCCAUCAACCAUCAGAUCAUCUACCAUCUGCAGGAUGUUUUCAACCUGCUGCCAGAUGUGAAUUUACUGGAGUUCACAAAAGCCUUCUACCUAAAGACCAACGACCAGAUGUUGGUGGUCUACCUGGCCUCACUCAUACGCUCGGUGGUGGCCCUGCACAACCUCAUCAACAACAAGAUUUCGAACCGAGACGCAGAAAAGAAGGAGGGACAGGAAAAGGAGGAAGGCAAGAAAGAGAAGAAAGAUGACAAAGAGAAAAAAGAUGAGAAGGACAAAGACAAAGACAAGGAAAAAGGAGAUGGUGCCAAGAAAGAUGAGAAGAAGAAAAAAUGAGAGUUCUUCCUUUUAAGUCUUUUCUCAAAUCACGUCAUCUUCAUCUGGAUGGUGCUCUACUUUGUGCCCACAGCUCUGUAUGUGGGUCUCAGGCUAAAAGUAGAGCUCUAUAUGGGGAAUGGUGUCAUUUGAGAUUUGGCCUCACGGUCACAAGUGGCACUCAUAAAGACUCUUAUUAUCGUACAGAGAUGAUGAUGUUUGCUUCUUUGGCGUUUUGAACUAUAAGAACACGUUAACUGUUUUUGUAGUUGCCCAUCCUCCUGGUGUUGUACGACACCUGGUGUUGCUUUUUUUGUAAGAUGGAGAAAUGUUUUUUUUUUUCUGUAUCACUUAUUAAAUUGGAAUCCUAUUCAAA